AUGUGUGAAAAUAAGUUUGCCCCAGCUGUUCACACGCCUGCACACCGCAAGCUGGAAGUGAUAGAUGAGCUGGCGCUACCAGAGCGCAGGAUCGGCAAUGCCAACUGGCGAGCAGAUCUAGAGGCCAAGAAGGCCAUCGAGCUGCAUGCACGGCCUUCGGAGGCCGAGGUUUUUCAAGUUGAUGUGACCAUCGACCAGAUGCGCAAGUGCGCACGGCUGAUGGCGAGCGUGCUGCCGCUGUUUCCGCGUGCGUUUCACCAGCGGCCGCCUCGACGUGGGAGACCCACGAAGGUUUUCGACAAGGACAGGGCCGCUGCAAUGUCGGCCGCGGAGCUGGCGAGCCGCGACGGCAGGAGGGAGGCCAAGCGCCCGGUGGCAGACCCGCAGGGCCCCGUGCUGGAGCUGCUGCGGUCGCACGGCGUGCGCAGCCCGGCGGCCUUCUACGACCAGCGGGUCCGCGGGAAGCUCCUGCGCUUCGACAACGUGGGCUCCAAGGCGCCCGCCAGCGCACGCGGCUCUCAGCUGGGAGCGCUGGACCCAGGCUGCGGCAAGAGUUGGAAGGAGCCCGCUGGCAGAGAGCAGUGGCGCCACCUGAGGCACCACGCUUUCGAGCCGCUCCGCAAACUCUGGGAGGAGUACGCCCGGGACCUCUGCCCGGGCGGGGGCGAGGCGUUGGCCCUGGCCCUCGCGGGCGCCGACCUGCACGGCAGCACCCUGCAGGUCGUGCAGUCGAAGAGCCCAGGGUGCGUGGGGCUGCGCGGCACGGUGGUGGAGGAGACGCAGGGCACCUUCCGGAUCAUCACGGCGGCCAGCCAGGUGAGGGUGCUGCCGAAGCAGCAGUGCGUCUUCGAGGUGGCCGUGCGCGGCCAGGCCGUUCGCCUGCUGGGCCCCGCCUGGGCGCACCGGCUCCCCAGCGGCGUGCCGGGGCCGCGGGCCCCUGGGCGCUGGGCCCUGCCGUGA